UCUGUGCAGAUCUGGUACCUCUUUUGUGAAGCGGCAGCUGAGGAGACUCCGGCGCUCGCCAUGGCCAACGAAAAGCCCAAGGAAGGAGUCAAGACUGAGAACAACGAUCAUAUUAAUUUGAAGGUGGCGGCGCAGGACGGUUCUGUGGUGCAGUUUAAGAUUAAGAGGCAUACACCACUUAGUAAACUAACAAAAGCCUAUUGUGAACAACAGGACACACCUGCACAGUUGGAAAUGGAGGAUGAAGAUACAAUUGAUGUGUUCCAGCAGCAGACAGGAGGUGUCUACUAAAAAGGGAACGUGCUACUUUACUCCAGAAUUCUGUUCCUCCAGACCAAGAAGACAUUCUCAAUUAGAAAACCGCAAUUUGGUUCCAUCACAUCCUGACUACUGCAGUAUAAUUUCUCUAUUCUUUCAUUUUCCCCUUCCCCAUUCCUUUAUUGUACAUAAAGUAACUGGUGUAUGUGCACAAGCAUAUUGCAUUUUUUUUAAAA